AUUUAUUUUUGUAUCAUUGCAAUUCUUUUGUGAAGGACGUUUUACACUUAAUUUAAUAAAUAUAUAUCAUAUAGUACACGUAAAACACAUAUCGGACUGUUUAAAGGGAGAAGACGGAGUUCUCGGAGGGAACCCACUUGUGCGGCUUGGUGAUCACAAACAAAACUCACAUGCACCCAAGCCAGUACUAUAUGCUCGGGACGCCUUAGUGAGAAGAGAGUGCGUUUGCCACUGCGCUAAACGAGCAACCCGAGACGCUUUGGUGAGAAGCGAGUGCGCUAGCCACUGCGCUGGACGGGCAACCCGGGAUGUUUUGGUGAGAAGCGAGUGCGCUAGUCACUGCGCUGGACGGGCAACCCGAGACGCUUUGGUGAGAAGCGAGUGCGCUAGCCACUGCGCUGGACGGGCAACCCGAGACGCUUUGGUGAGAAGCGAGUGCGCUAGCCACUGCGCUGGACGGGCAACCCGGGAUGCUUUGGUGAAAAGCGAGAGCGCUAACCACUGUGCUAACCGGACCUAGAUAUUGAAGUUUGUGCCUCUAAAAAAGAUGUCUUCGAAGACGAAGUUUUUUCUCUUCAUUGCACUGCUACUUCCGGCAUCAACGGUAACAGAACCGCCGGAUUGUCAGGUACAGCUGGACAACGACAACAAUAUACCACCGCUGUUUGCUAGUGGGGAAACGCCACUUGAGAUGGAUGUGAGAAUCAUAGUGGUUCAUAACACUCUGGAGGUUACAUGCGUCGUCAACACUUCACAAAUCGUAGCAAAUUUUACGAGUGCUAAUGAAGUUGAAAAUACAGCGAUUUAUUUGAAAUGUACGUUUCCAACGCCUAUCGUCAUCCGACCUAAUUCGCAUCCAAAACCUUUACCAGAAAGAGAAGUGUAUAUGCUUCAAAUAACAGGAUGUGCUUUUGACAAAUCCAGCAUUUUCGCUAUCUCGUCUUUAGCAGAGUUUAAAACGUUUUCGUUCCUAGGUUCGCUAAUUACAGGAGCGGAUUUAACCAGUUUAAAGGAUGUUCGAAGCGAUAGUUUUCAAAGUAUUGUUUCUUUUGCGUUUGUGAAUUUUGGAUCUACAAAUGAGAGUAUAUGGUCAUUAUUUGAUAAAAGGGAUACUUUUGAAAAUAUGGCGGAAAUUUCUAUUACCAACACACACUGGCUUGAUUUACCAGAGAAUCUAUCGUCCAUAUUUCCCAAUCUUCAAACGCUAGACUUGCCCAACAAUGGUUUACAGGUUCCACAUUCAAACUUUCCUUGGACUCAGGAUACAGUGUAUUUACCAAAUAACCUGUCGAGGACCGGAUAUAUGCACCAGCACUAUGCUGAUUCACAAUCACUUAGCAUACCCACUGAUAUAUUCCGAAGAUCUAUGGACAUGAAAAAGAAUAAUAUUACCGAUCUGAGUAUGUUUGAAUUUCAUGGAUUGAUACAUAUGAUCUCAUUACAAAACAACAGUCUUCGUUCUCUUGGAGAAAACACCUUUUCGAAAAUUUUAGGGAUUCAAAACUUGGAUCUCAGUGUUAACAAUUUACAUAGUUUACCUAUAGGAGUUUUUCUUGAGCUUUCAGAGCUGCGGUUACUAGACUUAAGCUCAAACGAUUUGUCGGUUAUUCACAAGGAUGAUUUUACACCUUUGACGUCACUUCACCGCCUGAACUUAGCAAAAAACAAGAUAGAGUUCAUUGAAGAUGGCUCAUUUAGCAGUCUUCAAGAACUACUGAUUUUGGACUUGUCGGCUAAUAGUAUACGAACAUUAAGUGAACACUCAUUCCCAAUAAAAUCUUUGAGUCUUGCAGAGAUUUACGUAGAUGAAAAUCCGAUCAAAAUUUUACCAUCUUUUAUAUUUUAUGUACGUGGUCUCAAAAUUGCCAGUUUUGAACGUACCCAUAUUGCUUUCGAGAAUUUUACAGACUAUUUACUUAACAUGAACAUGAACAGGGUUCUGAGAAGUGUUGUCAAAUCAGCAAGUACUCCAGAUCGUUCAGAUAUUUAUCAACAAUCAAAUGACCCAUGCUUGGUCAAAAUUGGGCAUAGCAAUAACACAAACUUGGGCUUUAAAAUUGACCAGGAAAACAUUACUCUGAAUACAUCUUUGCAGCUCGUAUUGCUUCAUUUUAAACUAGAGUUUACAGCUAAUCCAGUCAGAUGUAAUUGCCGCAUUAACCCAAUUAUAUCAUUUGUAAAUUUUCUCAUAAAAAACAACAGUAUAGGAAACGUACAAGAGUUAUUUGGAAGUUGGAUUUGUCAGUCACCUGAGAAAUUGUAUGGAAAAAAUAUUUUGGAAAUAGAAAUGGAUCAGACAUUGUGCGCUUUCAAUGUAUCAACUUGUCCAAUUCCUUGUAAAUGUUAUGAAAGAACGUUGACUGGCAAUAUAAUUGUGGACUGCAUUGGUUUUAAUUUGAAUGAUAUUCCAGACAAUAUGCCUGUUGGAAGUCUAGAGCUGAGACUCAGUCAUAACAACAUAACACAUGUUGCAAAUAUCGCUUACCUUGGAAGAGUGAAGAUAUUUGACAUUAGUCAUAAUCACCUAAAGACCAUUGAUUCUAGUGUAUUCCAAAAUUUGAAUAAGAUAGAAACUCUGAACUUAAGAUCUAACUAUCUCAUACGGCUACCACAAACGCUGGUCAGACUUGGCGCCAAGUCAAUAAUGCUUUCAGGCAACCCCUAUGUGUGUGAUUGCAAUGUUGUCUGGUUGAAGAAUUGGAUUACAAGUAACAAGGAUAUUGUUACAGAUUGGGAUAUGGUUACGUGUAAUACUUUACAAAAUGACGGCAAUAUAAUAGUGAAAGUCAGUAACGCCGAGUUUAUUUGCAAAGAAAGUUCGUUAAAUGAAUUUGAUGAAAUCAAACACGCUGUGUUGCCUUCCAUUGCAACAUUUGUAACAGUGUGUCUAGUAAUAAUAGCAAUUGCAUUGAUUUAUUCAUUUCGAACUGAAAUUAAAGUGUUGAUGUUUAUACACUGGGGACUACAUCCACUUGAUAACGACACUGGAAAUAAUGCUGAGGAAAUAGAUUGUAUGGUUAUUCACAAGAGUUCCGACAAUGAUUGGGUUCUCGAAAAAGUCGUUAAACCGUUAGAACAUUGCAACAACAACUACACUGUCGUUGAUUCGGACAGAGACUUCAUUGUUGGUUAUUCUUUCCAGCAAAACGUGAGCAACCUUGUUGUGCGCAGUAAAAGAAUGAUAAUAAUUGUAACCGGUAAUUCGAUGCCUGAAAACGUUGCCAUGUCUUGGUCAAUUGCUCAAGAGAAGAUUAAAAGCACAAAAUCUAGCUUUGGAAUUAUUGUAACACAUAAUAUUCAGAAACAUAACAUAGAAGACAAAGAUAUGAAAGCGUAUUUAAAGCAUGGACGUUAUGUAGACUCUAAGGAACUUCUUUUUACAAAUAAACUUCUUUAUUAUAUGCCUGGUAAAUGUAUGAAUCAGAAAUAUCUCAACACCAUCAAUGCAAGUAAAGGUGAAUCAGAUUCGGGUAUAUCUUUCGGGGGGUCGAUAUUUAAUUGUACGAGUACUGUAUCACGCGCGAUAAGUAAUUCAUCAUCUUUGACCAUUGAGUAUGCAGAAAGCGCUGAACUGGUCAGUACUUGUACAACGGAUUUAUUCAUAACAUACCACGACACAGAUAUGGACUUCGCAAGACACAGACUUUUAUCGUUGUUUGAAUCAAAUAACUAUGCUGUGUGCUUUCCAGACAGAGAUUUUCUGUCCGGGCCAUCACGAGAGGAAAACAUUCUCAAUUCUAUUGCAUCGUCCGAACACACAGUGUUGGUUUUAUCGUCUUUGUACAUAAUAGAUGAAUGGUGUUUGUUCACAUUCAGAGCGGCAUACGAAAAAUCUCUUCGCGAAACAUAUAACCAUUUAAUUGUAGUGAUCAGAAAUGAUGUUGAUAUAAGCAACGAUAUUCGGGACAACGAAAUCAAACAUUAUAUUAGAAGUUAUGUUUGUCUGGAGGAAAAUCAUAAAUGGUUCGAAAAUAAGUUACUGCAUUGUGUUGAAUAUUCUCAUUCUUUACAAUCAUGUGGUAUAUUGCCUAUACAGAGUUUAGUUACAGAACUAUAGGUGUAGGAUGUAUUUAUUAUUCAUGAUAUAUUGUUAUAUGAAUAUGGUAUUCUUGCAUGGCAAAAGUAAUGUGAUAUAUUCUGUCUUUGUUCUUAUAUUUUUCUGAUACAUGUUUAGCGGCCAGGGAAGGUUGCAUGUUUGGAGGAAGAUUUUACAAAGGCGAUCCCCUAGUUUGCUGAUAGUCAAGGUGUAUGUACUUCGCAGGAGCUCGGCAUGUUAACAAACCUCUUAAAUGAACUUGAAGUUUGUCCACAUUUCGGAUUAUGACAUUGCAAAGUCGAUGCUUUAGCAUUUGAAACGUGAGGGACCCUUUAAACCCUUAAUUAACAUUCGCUUCAUAUACGAAAUAUAUAUUUUUUGUGAAAAGUGUU